AAAUGCGGAUCGAAAAAUACGUGACGUCUAUAUUAAAUCUCGCGCUGAACUUUUAACCAAUCGCAAAUCGAUUUAUCACGUGAGAGAUAUUUAUUUAUAAAAAUUCAUAAGUCUCUAUAGAUUGGACAUUGUUAAAAGCAGGAAGUCGACUUAAACUUUGGACGAUUUAACAGAACAGAACAAGAUGCCAGAACAUACUCCUGUUCAAAAUGGUUCUUCUUCGGAUUCCAGAAACAACAUAAUCGACCACGUGUUAAUUACAGGAGGAGCAGGUUACAUCGGUUCCAAAUUAGUUCCACUUAUGCUUCAACAAAACUACAAAGUAACCGUUUACGACUUGUUCAAUUAUGGAAUUUCUUCAUUGCUAUCUCAUGCCAAUAAUCCAAAUUUAACAUUACUAAAAGGUGAUAUCAGGGAUAAAUUUAAAUUAGAAUCCGUCCUCCAGGAAGUGGAUGCUGUCAUUCAUUUAGCUGCCAUCGUUGGUUAUCCGGCUUGCGAAAAAGAUCCAGAAUUGGCGCGUAACGUCAACGAAUACGGAACUCAGUGCUUAGUAGAUUGUAUGAAGUCUCAUCAGAAAUUAAUUUAUGCUUCGACCGGUUCGUGUUACGGUGCCGUUGAAGGUAUCUGUACGGAAGAAUCGAAGAUAUCGCCUCUCACUCUUUACGGAGCUACCAAGGCCAGAGGAGAAAGUAUCGUUAUUAAAAAAGGUGGAAUAGCUCUUAGAUUGGCUACAGUUUUUGGCAUAUCGCCACGAAUGCGACUGGAUUUAUUAAUUAACGACUUGACGAUGAAAGCCUUGACCGUCAAAUAUUUAGAAUUGUACCAAGGAUCUUUUCGUCGCACGUUUUUACACGUUAAGGAUGCUUGCAUGGCUUUCCUUUUCGCUUUACGUCAUUACGAUAUUAUGAAAGGUCAAGCCUUUAAUGUGGGUGACGAAACCAUGAACAUGACUAAAUGGCAAGCGGCGGUUGCUAUUCGUGACGUUAUUCCGGAUUGCAUCAUCGUGCAAUCCGAUUGCGGCGAAGAUAAAGACAAGAGAGAUUACGUCGUUUCUUAUUCGAAAAUGUCAAAAUUGGGUUUUAAAUCGACUGUUACACUUCGCGAAGGGAUCGAAGAACUUGUUAAAGUCAUUCCUAAAAUGUCACCUAACGAAAUAGCUCUGAGCAAAAACGUGCAAGUAUAAAUGAAUUAAAAAUCCAUUUUAAAUAUUUCUAUCGGUGCUUUAAUUAAGUUUCCAUAAUAAAUAAAUUGAGAAAAUUUUAACCUAUAUUAAAAUGGAGAUUAUAAUAAUAAUAAU